CGCAUCCGGGCGCGCAAGCCAGAGCCAACUGAACCCUGAGCCACCGGCGGCAGCAUCGCGAUUACGGCUUGUCCGGCUCAUGCGGUCGAUGCAGCCAUAACAACAGACUUUAUAUCAAUUGCAGCGGGGGAUCGAGGCGGUUGCUAUCGUUUAGAUGCUUUGAACGGCAUCUGGCCGUGAAGCGGAGUGAACCGGUCGUGGCCACGCAGGCAAGAUGACUUUCUUCAGCCCGACGACGCUGGUGGUCGGCUUCCUGCUCCUUUACCUAGCCUCCUUCAUACUAUUGGCCAUUAUACGCAUCGGGACUGGCAUUUCGAUUCAGAGAGUUGGCUAUUUCUCCCUCCGACGCAUCGCAUACGCCCCGAGGGAGGGGAUACAGCUGGAAAUCCGCGGGCUCGGGUUGUCACUCCACCGUCCCUCCUUUGCUAAGCCGACAUGGGUCAGCCUCCGGAUAACGGACUUGAAGGUAACUUGUGACACGAAGGCGCUGGAAAGGAGUAAACAUGCAGCGCAUCAGCGAGACGGAUCGAUAUCCUCGGAUCACUCGUCGGACGAGACAGAUGUCAAGGACACGGGAUCCGGCCGCAGUUCGCCUUCAAGGUCGCGGAGUAAGACGUGGAAGACAUUGACCAAGGUGAAGGAGCGGAUCAAACGGGUCCACAGACAGAUACAUUGGUUGAAGAUGGUCGAUGUCGUGGCAGCGAACACCACGAUCCACUUUACGGAGGCCGGUUAUAUUCAGGUUGGCUAUCUCACGAUGGCUGUGGAUACCAGGCGCAAGAUGGUGGAUAGAGGGAAACUCUUUCGACACAAGAAGGAUCCAUCUGGGGAGCAGAGCCCUGCGGAAUGGAUGCUGAAUGUGCGGAAUAUCCUGCUGGCCGUCGACGGCCACGAUCCGAUGGAAUUGGUGGAUAAUAUAGGGAUCAACAUACACGGACUUCUCUACAAGGAUCUCGAGGGUCUGAGGGACACAUCGGUUGCAAUCAAAAUUGGAAGAUUGCACGUUCCUUAUGACGACCUCAUGACAUUGUCGAAAAAGGUGAAGCAGUCCAAUUCCAACGUAUCGAAGGGCGACUCCCCCGAAUUGGACGGUAAAAUAUCUUUCGCCGAUUUUGUCGAAGAGUUGGACAGGCCAGGAACUCAGGAGGAUGCUAUUGUCCAGACGGUAGCCGACUGCAAGGAAUUCGCCAGCUCUCUGUUACGUGGUAUACAAGAGUUCCAGAUAGCACUGAGCUUUUUCAGGGCGUCGAGACGAAUCCAGCCUGCCGUGGAGGAUCAAAAGUCCAUGUACCUCAAUGUUGUUACGCACGAGAUUGGUGUGGACCUGCACCGAAUGGAUCCGGAGACCCCAGCACAUCGGAUGUACUUCCAACGGAAUGAUGUUGCUCACCAAGCCCUGCUAGCCGCGAUCUCCCUGUCUGUCAGUCUGGAUGACAGCUCUGGCGAAACGGAUAAGAUCUUGUAUGUUCCAAUGGCUACCACGACAAUCAAAACUACACUACCUUCCAAGACCGUGAGUUUGGCCAAUGAGAGUGAUCCGGAGGAACGCAAUACCAAUGUUCUUUUCGCCAACCUUGUGGUGACAUCGCCCUCUGUCGAUUUGGAGCCGCAACAUUGUUCUCGAUUACUCGAUCUAGCGCAGACACGGGCAUCGUCUCGAAGGAAAAGGAAUAAUAAUAAUAAUAAUAACCAUCGACUGAUUUCGCGCCUGCUACCUAAACUGAGCAUCAAGUUGUCGAUCCAUGAACCCGUUCUUCGAUUCGUCCUACCCAUCACAGAAACUGCAGGAUCCGCACCCUGUGACUACAACCUCCUCAUAUCUUCGAUAUCUUCAAUGUCUAUGGAUAUCGAGUCGUCUCACUCGACAGAGGGCGGACUCCAUUAUUCCUUGUCAUCCAUAUACAGAAUCACCUCCCAUCAGUUCUAUUACCAGACCCCCGCCGGAGUGAAGCAUAACAUCUUGACUACGGAGAACAUGGAAAUCAAAGUCCUGCUCAAUGCCUCUCCCGAAGUUUGCGUUAUCGCUUCAGGAAACAUGAACUGCUUCUCGGUUCAUAUGGUUAAUGAUGAAGUUAAUCGUGGGAUUCGCCAGGUCAUCGAACAAUUCCAGACCCAUGUGCAGCCGAAGAAGACGAUGCCCGGUGAUGAAAAUAAACCAAGUGUGUUAAGGAGGAUACCACCGUGGCUUUUGAGAUUCCAAUUUGAGGCUACCGGAUCGAGCUUUGAGGUCGCCGGCUUUGACUCCAGUGUCUCUGAGAUAAAUCGUGGCAUCGCACUGCAGCUGCAGUCCUGGACUGCGGAUUAUAGAGCUCAGAAACUUGAGCCGAAUAGGACGCUCCCCAGACGAAGGACGUCUACUCACUCUACUGUUGGGGACGAGGCGUCUUUCCUCUUCCCUCCCACAUCACCGCCUAGAAGUUCCCGUCAGGGACAAGCUGACGGCAGACGGUUGGCAUUCCAUGUGCGAGGCCUCGAAGGGUUUGCGAUAGAAUCGGAGGACUAUAUAGAACCGGAUCCAUUCUUUUCAAUGCCUCGAUUUGAAGUCGCUCUCAGCACUCACAGCGACCCUCAUGGUCCUAUAUCGCACAUCAAUUCCGUGAUCAAAGGGGUCUAUCUUGAGUACUCGCUCUACCGAUAUUAUUGCCUCGGGGUUGCAGGAUACGUGCUACGGGACACUUUCAUGCGUCCUGCGCAACAGGGUGCAGCACCUACAGGCGAUUAUCGGCUUCAUGAUUAUACUCCGAAGAGUUCGGCCCAAAUCCCGCUGUCGCCUUCAGCCAAAAGAGAGCUCGUCACUGUUGAUGUCAGAGCGACUCUCAUACAAGUUAAGGCUUCAUUGCCUUCUGAUCCUCCCAUGAUGGUGCAGAUAUACGGCUUCACAGCUGGUCGUCACCGCUGGACGGCUCCCUUCACAAGAUGUCAACUGAUUCGCCUUCAUGCGGAAGCUCCUAAACUGAAAGGAGUUUGGGCGAGAAUUGUCAGUAUGAACAAUGUGAGGCUCGAUCUACGUGAGAUCCGCCGAAAGCAGGGCGAUAUUAUGCGUGAAGAACGCUCCAUCGACCUGUAUACGGAUUUCAUUCGGAUAGGUGUCCCUCAUCACAUGAUUAUGCACCGCAUCUUCGACAAUUGCGUCAACGCCAUGAAAGCAAUGAAACAGCUGAACCAUCGCUUUAAAACUGGUUCGACCGAAUACGUUCUGGGAAAGGAGCCCGAACCUCCGAAAAAGGUCCCUAAAAUCUCCGUUCGGAGCAAAGCGUUAUUAUUUGAAUUAGAAGAUGACGCCUUCGAAUGGAAAUUGGGAACGAUAUAUCGAGCUGGGCUCAUGGAGCAGAGGCAGCGUAUCGCUCGUGAAGAUGCUUACCAUCUGAAGCUGAAGAGAGUGGCAGAGUCCGACCGCCGUGCUUCGUCCCGCCUGCGAACUCGGUCUAACUACGCAAAAAGCACCCAGGAGCGCACCAGCGAAGACAGCAAGAGGAGUAAGAGUGAAGAUAGACGACCCAGGAGGUCUUCUUCUGAAGAUCGGGGCAGGAGGGGGAGGAAAUAUCGCUAUGAUACCGAGGGCACCAGUUGCCUGAGCUCCUCCGCGCAGAUAGCGGCUGAUGAAGCAUGGUACAAACUACAAGAGCAUAAUGCCCGUACCUGGAAACUCAAAAUCGACUCUGCUUUGAAGUUCCAGGAUACUUCGAUGAGGGAGAUCCGGAAUCUGUUCUCUGGCGCGGAUGAACCGCCCGAAGAGGCGGACGACAACGAGGUCAUUUUGGCCAUUCCCAAUAGACCGGGGCUUAUGUCCGCGCUCAUCAGCGACGUGAAUCUUGUGAUUGACAAACCAACGUUUCCUCUCACCGAAUACGCCCAAUUUCUUCACAAGAUAGGGAAAGGCAUGCCGACGGACAUGAAGUAUUCCCUGCUGAUUCCAAUGGGUAUCCGGUUAGACAUGGGUGAGGCUCGAGUCAGCUUAAGAGACUACCCGCUCGAUCUUUUGCAUAUCCCAGCGCUGCGCCCUGGGCAGUCGCCUCGACUACCAAGUUGGUCUCUGAAAACCAAUCUCGUUAUCGCUGAAGAAUUCCGCGACGAGCAAUCCGCAAGGCACGUGCAGGUAGAGAUCGUGCCUGCGAGCACCAUGCCUGAUGGUUCCACAAAUCCUGCCUUUUGUCUCGACGUGCGGCGAACGGUCUCACCGGUCAAGACGUACUCAGAGCCAAUAUUUGAGAUUAACACGAGUCUUCCCACGAGCAUUUCCUGGGGUAUGUCAUAUCAACCUGUGAUACAGGACAUGAUGAAGAUCAUUGAGGGCUUCACCAAGCCCGAGAUCGAUCCUUCGGAUCGAGUUGGAUUUUGGGACAAGAUCCGAAUGAGCUUCCACUCAGCUAUCAGUGUGGUAUGGAAGGGCGAUGGCGACGUUCAUUUCAGGCUGAAAGGAUCCCGUGAUCCAUAUGUCGUCACAGGUUUCGGUGCUGGAUUUGUGAUGUGCUGGCGAAAGGAUGUGCAAUGGAACAUCCACCAGACCGAUGACCCACGGGAGUUUAUGAGUGUCACUAGCGGAGAAUACGUGCUCGCAGUUCCGGAUUACAGCCACGAAGCACGUAGCUCCUUGGAAUCUCCAAUGGACGACGGCGAUAGUGAGUCGUCUUCUACUGAUGUGAAAAAUACCGCUUUCUUCAAAAAGGUCGUUAUGAAGCUGUCAGGAAACGUUCGAUGGCUGGCAGGGUUAGUUUUUGAGCGCGAUCUGGAUAAUGGUGUCCGAUCGUUCCAGUUCAAGCCUCAUUACGAGGUUGUCCUCCGCAAUCCGAUAUACGUACCGGAAUCGGAUCGACAGGACUAUGAUGCGUAUAAGGGCUUCCGAAGCAACCAUAUUCACUUGUCAAUCGCUGUCGAGGCCCCGAAUACAAGAGAAUGGGUUGUUGGAUCCCCUGAGUCAUCGACGAGUUAUAACACGGUUCAUUUGACUCCACGGUUUUUCACGCACUUCUUCAAUUGGUGGUCACUCUUCUCUGGAGUCAUGUCCCUGCCUGUUCGUCAAGGUCCUCUUUGGCCCGGAAUCACCAAGACAAGCAAGAAGUUUAGUCGACACCUCGCCACAGUGAAGUACAAGCUUCUUUUCGCUCCGUUGUUUGUGGCUCACAUCUACAAACAUAAAGACCAAGAGGAUUACAGCGAAGAUGUGGUGACUGCGACGGGCAUAAAGGUUCGCCUUGAUAGCUUCAGACUCGACGUGCACCAGAGGCGUGAGCAGAUCAGAACGAUGAUGAAAGGGCGCUCGAAGCAGACAAAAGCUAGUGCAAUGCGGAUCAACCAGACCCAACUUGACUUCCUGAGGGCCGAUUUCCGGGCCGUUUCCUCGAGCAUCGAAGGCACAAACCCUGAGGACAUUCAAAAGAACACCGACGAUGUCAUCUCCACUUUCCAGCAGCCUGUCGCGUCGAUAGAUCUAUCUCGUUUCACGAUCCCGGAUCAGAACAUGGAUUGGAUUGAUAUGGAUGACUUUGUUGAGCUGGACUGGAUUCUGCCCCAAGAGUCCAACCCUCGGACGCAAAUCUUGCCCCUUGCAUUCGCACCCCGAUUCACAUAUCUGCGCCAAACAGACCACGGGCAGGCCGAUUCCGAACAGACUGGAUUCAGUCCUUUUGGAGACGAGCCGACGCAUGAGUGUGUCAUUUCGCAAGACAAUGACCCACGACGUGUGCAAAUGGAGCUAGUCAAAGAACGCUUAGCUGUCCUUGAAAGGCAAUCUGCCAAGUUUGACCAGACUCUUCGCGAACAGGAAGAGGAACUGCGUGAGCACCUGGAUGAUCCCGAGGUCAGAGCCAAGCGCGAUCUUCUUAUCAGGCAGGCUGAAUCACUGGCCCGGAGACGCAAAUUCCUAGGCGGUGGUCUUCGUCGUCUCGAGAGGCAAUUGACCGGUCAAGAUUCAGUUUCAGACUUCGAGUUUGGAAGCCAGAAUCGUGAAAAUCCGUCAUUUAGGACCGGGGAGAACUCCGAGUCAAUGGGCAAUGGGGACGAUCCCGAAAUUGCGGGCCUCUACUCUUCUCCCAACGACGAUUUGGCCACUGAUUUCAACAACCGUUUUAUAAUCCAUAAUAUCCAGCUCAAAUGGAACAACUCGCUGAGGAACAUCAUCCUCCGCUAUGGACACCAGGUCAGCCAGAGACGAGGUUUCGUAUAUUACAUGUCGCGAAGGGCCGUCAAGUUUAUUCUUGACAUCGUCGAAGAACAGAACAAGGCCAAGAAGAAGGGUCCAGGAUCAUUCACAGAUACAUCGCCAUCGAUCUAUGAGGACCUAAACAACACAGAGAAAGAUGACGAUGGCAGUGUUGAAGAUCGCAUAGAACAGCUCCUUAAUGAUGCCAAGCGCUAUGUGAACGCCGAUGACAGUGAGACCAGUUCAAGAAAAGAGUCUCGAAAGCGUACAGGAUCGGCAGACUUUAGCGACAAGAUUGCUCCAGAAUUCACGGCGCAGAAUAGCUAUCACUUGCGCCUUAUAGCUCCUCAGAUCCAGCUUCAAAGUGAAAAGAACCCGAAGUCUGUUGCGCUGAUAGCUGCCAAAGGCAUGCAAUUGAAGGUGGUGUCUAUCAUGGAUAAGCAGCGCGUGGGUGACGAUGUCAGCGGCCUCAUCCAACGCCGUUUCUCUCUUGACAUGGAUGGCGCUCAAUUCUUUGUGGCAACGCAGAAGAAUCUGAUAGCACAUCUGCAAUUCUACGCCGGAAACAAAUACGGGAAUGCUCCUGGCUCUGCAUGGCCACCGUGGAUCACCCUGGAAGCAAUGUUCGACUUUGAGCUCAAUCCCUUCGGUUUCUCAAGAAUCAUCCAGAAAACCUCUGCUAGUCUGCGCUACGACAAGUACAAUAAUCUCCGGCUUAAGUACAAUGAGGAGGUUGGCCAGGAAGGAGGCGAUGAAAUUAACGAUGACAACAGGGAAACUCGAAUGGACCAGAUCCUCGUCGACUUCCCUCGCGUUAGAGCAAUCUGUGAUUCUGCGGAGUAUUACUCCAUGUACAUCAUUGUCCUUGAUUUGUUGCUCUACAGUGAACCGCUGGAGAAAGUGCGGAAUGAGCGCUUGGAGAAGAUCAUGCUUGCAUCCGACUUUAGCGAUCUGAGAGGUGCCCCGGAGAUGGUUAGCAAGCUUCAGGAACGCAUUCGACGUCUCGAGGAGAUCAAAGAACAUUUCCAGGUGCAGGCCAAAUACCUGGACAGGCAAGGCUGGGAAGACCGGAUGACACUGGAGAGAGACCUGACGCACUGCGAAGACGAGCUGUUCUUCAUCAUGAAAGCCAUCACUACCUCGCAGAGGAGAAACGAAGACCGGAGUGGAUCGGGGACGAACGGUCUUCUGCGUUGGAACAUUUCCGCGUCUGAGGUGGUGUGGCAUCUGAUGAAGGAUCCGACCGAGCCUCUGGUCGAAUUCCAGCUGCGGGAUGCGACAUAUGAGCGCACAGACAAUAGCGACGGCUCAAAUCACAAUCUGAUCAAGAUCCAGAGGCUCUACGGUCUGAAUCUGCUGCCCGAUGCACUGUAUCCUCAGAUGAUUGUCCCUUACCUUGACCAGAAUCGGCGUUUGGAAGGACCCGACUCAAAUAUGCUAAAGGUCGAAUGGUAUAUGCUGGAAGCAGUCGCUGGUAUCCCGGUUCUGGAUGACUUCGAGGUCACGCUCUUCCCACUCAAGAUACAAUUAGAAAGAGACACGGGCCAGAAGCUGUUCGAGUACAUCUUCCCUGGGGUAGGUGGUAAUGCAUUUGAGAACGGCGGAUUCUCUCCAUUUAUGAUCCCGAACACGAACCCUCUGGACGACGAUAGCGAGAAUGAGCAAGAGACGCGUGAAUCGUCUCCAACCGAGCAAAGCAAUGACAAUACGUCCGGAGAAGAAUCGCAACACUCGACCGGACCUGGAGCUAUCCAGUUGCGCUUGCAACCGACUCUCUCUUUCCCAGAUCAGAGGAGGCAAGCCCCGCGAUCAAACAGACACAGAGGCCUUAUGAUGACGCCCUUACACAAGGACAGCAACCGCCUAGGGCCCACAGAUGGAGUUGAGGCCGUCAAUCGCCCGUCAACGGGUCACUCAAUGCUCAAGAAGAAGUCCGUGGAUAGCCUACGUAUGUUGGCUCGUCAGCCUACAAAUAAGUCAGCAUCGAACAUUUCCGCUAGCGGUGCCAGUGAAGACAAAGAGAGAGAGAAAGAGAGAGCCAAGAAAUUUACACUUGGUCGAGCGAACAGGAGUAAAUCCAAUGCGGCAGAUGACAUUUCACAGAUGAUGUCUCGUGCCUCAAACUACAUGACACUGGCCCAUGUGAAGAUCAAUGACGUGAUCCUCUGCUUGAGCUACAAGGGCAAAGGAGGACGCAACAUUGAAGACGUCCAUGAUUUCGUUUUCCGUUUGCCUGUCCUGGAGUAUCGCAACAAGACAUGGUCAAACCUCGAUCUGGCUCUACGACUCAAGAAGGAUGUCAUGAGGGCUCUGAUCUCGCACGCACCUGCAAUUCUCGGUAAUAAAUUCUCGCACCAUCGACCUUCCAAACAGCAACAGAAGCGGCUUCGGGAGCUUGCGACUUCGUCCCAGGUUCUGCCGAAUUCGGACAGCGUCAUCAAUCCGCCAUCAGAUGAGCCGCGGAGCAUUGCUAGUCGCGAUUCAACCAGCGAGCUUUCCGAAUCUCCGUCGCGAAAGUCCUUCAAUUCCAAUGCUUCUCCUCUGGCACGUUCUACUUCUCUCGACUCGAGCAUUCAGGGCUCCCAUGACCACAGCAUCCGCGGUUCUCACGAGCCGAACAUUGUGGUAUCUGACUCUCGCUCUGCGAGCGAAGUCGAUGUGGACAGGCACUCCCAGCAUAGUAACAGUUUCAUGCACAACACCCUUACUAGGCAUCUCACUUCGUCGGAGUUUUCGUCCCGCGAAGCCGACGCGGAUGAAGACAACGAUAGUCCUAAGAAAGGCUUCCGCAAUUUCGGCCGAAGGCUCCUGUCCUCGCGGGGCGGCGAUCGAUGAUCCUGAGCACACUCCUCACCGAAUUCCUCUUUGCCAGAUUCCACUGUACGACAUUGCAUAAUCCGAUUCAUAUAUACGACUCGUUAUAGACAGCAUUGCCCGGAGUUCGUCACAUUUUCCCUUUGGAAUCUAUGCUAUACAUAUUCCUUGAAAUACCCCCAGCCUCUGGCGCUUGUGGUGUUUGGCCGGUGCAACGGGAGGCUAAUGCUCUUUUGUCUUUCUCGUCUACUACCCAGAAAUCCUAAUCAUUCGCAAAUGUGUUGUUUUGAGCGACUUCUUUUCUGAAUUCCAGCCAAUGGGAGUCAAUCAUCACCGAUGCCGUACGAAAGGUGUCUUGAUGCCUCAAUACCUCAUCGUUGAUUUCUUGUGUAUUUAUUUUUCCGUUCGUUUCUCAGCGUUGUCUUACAUUUUCGCAUGUUCUUCUA